AUGAGCAUAUUACAUCGUAUCUACGACUUAGAACAGCAAAUUAACAACACGAAUGAGCUAAACUUUGACUAUGAUGUUCUUUCGUUAUCUAAACAACAGAGUGUUGCUCAGAAUCCGAGUCCUAAGACUAGUACUCCUAUAAAACGCUGUUGGGAUGAAACAACAACAGCGAAAUUAAUAACGAAUCAGCGGCAAGAAAUAAUUCCGACAUCAACAAAUCAUGUAACUGCCUCUGAAUUGACAACAAAAGCAUCAACUGGUUCCGGAACAAAAAUAUUUGCUAUUGGAUUAAUUCUUGGCAUAGUAGUAUCAGGAAGUGCGAUGAUCGGUGUUGUUGUUGUCUGGCAAAAUUCAGCUCCACCAUCAACUUUAUGCGUAAAUAAUACUUCCGAUCGAAAGCUCUAUAACAAUGAAUUUAUCUAUUCACCGACUUCACAAGUCUAUGCAGCUGGCAUGUUAAACAAUCAAUUUGGUAUCUAUAGGGCGUAUGGUUAUGGGAACGUCACUUCGACAACAAUUUGGACAGCAAGUCAGAGCACAACAUCCAUCACGUGUCAUCUUCAAUUACAAACAGAUCGUAAUGUAGUCGUUUAUACAACGACUAGUUCGAUUGCAGUGUGGGCAGCUGGUGUUAAUAAUGGCGGCAGUGGAAAACCAUUCUGCUUGCAAAUGCUGGAUUCGGGAAAUCUGAUAUGGAUUAAUAAUACUGGAUCAACUAUUUGGCAGACAAAUAGUGCUCAAACUGGAUAG